GUCAUGUGAUCAGCUGUGUCCAAUCACAGCUGAUCGCAUGGGACAUGUACACUGAUCAUCAGGUCACUGAUGAUCAGUGUGCCCUGAUGAUCUCUGUAGCCCCAGCAAUGCCACCUGUCAGUAUCCAUCAGUGCCAGCUGUCAGUGCUCAUCCAUGCCACCUGCCAGUGCCUAUCAGUGCCACAUCAAUGCCACAUUUCAGUGCCUACCAGUGCACAUCAAUGCCAAAUAUCAGUGCCCAUCUGAGCUGCCUUUCAGUGUCACCCAUCAGUGCCAGUCAGUGCCACCUAUCAAUGCCAGUCAGUGCCACCUAUCAGUGCUGCCAAUCAAUGCCACCUAUCAGUGCCAGUCAGUGCUGCCUAUCAGUGCCAGUCAGUGCCGCCUAUCAGUAUGCAUCAGUGCCGCCUAUCAGUGCCCAUCAGUG